UCGAUCUUGAAUGCUACCUACACUAAUUCAUUAAUUCAGCUGGCAAAACGAAAAUUCCUGGUGUUGUGAGCGGGAUAAUUCUUCAGAGCGUAAGUUUUGUUAAUUUGAACUUUCAGAGACAGCGGGAGGGCUAUUCGCUUCAGCUUACAAAAAUAUAUAUAAAUGAUUUAUCGCGUGAUGAUCAAAUGGUGUAAGAGCAUUUUCCACUAGCAGCUAAAUACAGGAAUUGCACCGACCUGUGAUUGGAAGAUAAAAAUAGUAUGUCAGUGGCGAUGACGUGACAAUUCGUUACGUUAGCCGUUUCAAGAGUAAUGGUUUUUACACGAAAAAGACAGUCCACAGGAAAAUACAAUAAAAUAUUAAAUAUUUCUCAAAGACAAACGGUGCAGUAUUCUUUUGAAGUCGGCUGACUAGCUCGCUAAGAGUCAAUGUCCUAUCGAAGUUGAAGUUCAACUGUCGCAAAUCGGAUAACUUCACUGAGUGAUUCUGAGAUGAAACCUUUUGUCUGCAUCCACAUUGAUCUUAGAUUUUACCACUUACAUAUUGAAGAAAAGCCAUAAACAGAGCUUCAAUGUCCACGUACACCCCGACUGAACCUCGGUGCGAUUCCUGCAGAUACCGCUGUUCAUACUAAAUGCAGGAAUUGCACCGGACGCGUUCUCGUCCCCAGAGUCACUCUAAGUUGUAACAAAAGAGCACGUGACCAAGAAAGACGGGCUCUGGGAACGAGAAUACACUGGACGCUCAUUGGUCGAAUGCGCAACUUGGCAUAAAUUAAAUAGCCGCGGGAAACUUUAAUUGAUUUUCUCGCGUUUUGAUUUUCGCUUGAUAGGACAAGACUUAGGCCACUGGAAAUAACACAUCACUUGUAUUCGAAGUUAAAUUAUACUGAAGCAGGGGUUAUAGGAUCCUGACUAAAGGUCAUCUAAACCUCGGGCUGAUUGUUCUUUGCCUUUUUUUCUUUUACUGCUUGACUUUACAAGUGUAACAUGCUCUCCUUGGUGAGUAUAUCGAAUCUGAAAUACCUCAGCAAUGUAAAAAUAAUGGUCACCUAAACAGCCUGGUUAAAUCCCAUCAUGUCCUUUGGAAGAAACAAAAAUCCCCUUUUCAGCAAACCGAAUAAUCAUUGCGUUUCAGCACGUAGCUGCGAGGAACAUUUGACCUGCCACAGGGGGUGGGUGGGUGGGGUUGAGUUUUCGCAGAAAAAAGUCUGUGGAGAAACUAAAGACGAGUCAAUGCUUGUUUUAAGCUAAUAGAGUUACAUGUCAUGUUCACUCGCAAAAUUUAGGGAAAAGGCGGUCCACCUGUAAGAGUUUGCUGAAAUUAGCUCUUGUAUUUACACUUUGUGUACCUGUGGAUAACAUUUCUACAUUGAUUUAUAUUUUUUAUUCAUUUUUUUUUGGGGGGGGGGGGUGGAGGGAGUUGAGGGCAGUCAAUGACUAAACACUCAUCUGAAUGAAUCUGAACUCUAUUCCAUGCAGGCUGGUGACUGGCAAAAGUGCAGUAGGCAAGUAACCUCUUCUGCCCUUACCAGCCAUACCAGGAGAGAGGCCUUUGAAUUCAAUUUACCCCCCACAAAAUCCCCUCGAAAUGCUGAUGGUGAUGUUGUUGUGUCAGAUUCUCCAAGAAUUACAACAAACCCCUUUUCAUUGAAAACAAUACCACCGUUUAGUCUGUUAACAACAUGGGAUAAGCAGCUAAGCUUCUGGCAGAAAGAAGAGAAGGGUUACUAUUAUCUGCAGCAUGGCUCCCAAUGUUUUGGCAUAUCUGAUGUUAAAGAUAUGUUAAAAGUACAUUAUGCAAGGGAUCUACAAAGGGCCGUCCAAGCAGAAUUAAACUGGUUUUCAGAACCAUACAUUAAACCACUGACUGUCCAAAUGUAUCCUCCAGAAAGUUCCAUAAAGAAAUUUCAGGAAAUUCUAUACUUGAAUCCUUUUGAUUAUAUUAUUCCAAACUAUGACAUGACACCAAAUGAAGUGGCUUUCUCUGUGUCACACGAUGGGUUUUAAGUGACCUUCUUGACAGUAUUUACACACAUAUGUACUGUUUCAUGCACUCAAAAACUGUUUAAUUUGGUUUCUGUACAUUUGAAAUCUUCUGUUUGUUUUAAAUUUGCUUUUUGUUUUGCAAAACUACUACCAGGGAUAAUCAACUUUUGCCGGCUGUGAAAUAUAGCCCCAAGCUGUGAGCAUGAAUGUCUGGCUUUCUUAGCAUUAUAUAAAUCAUUGCCGAAAUGUUAUCUAGGUAACAGAUAUAUACGUUGGCUAGUUUAUACAUAAGCUUAAUAUAUGUAUGUUGUGGUUCAAUUUUGUCCUUGGUUUAUAUUUUCCUUUGUUUUUGUGUAUGGUAAUCUAUGAUAAUGAGUUUACAAUAAAGGAAACUAAAAUUUAAACCAAGGAUCAAAUUGAACCACAACAUAUACACUUAUAUAAACAAACUGUGUUAUUUUUUCCUUUAAAUUAUUAAUAACAAACAAUAAAUGCGUUGUUCCAGGAAAUAUCCAUACUCCCUCCAAGGAUGGUAUUUUCCUUGGGAUGCCCCCCACCAUUCGGGAAAUUCCAGGUUAAUUUCAUACUUUUCUUUUAAAAAUCUUGGUUUUCAAACCCCCUCCCUUCAGAAUUUUCCUUGGGGUUGGUGGGUAUGUUUAUUUUCUGGAACCACACAAUCCAAAUAAAUUACACUAGCCUUUUUGAGGGAGAAACUCCUGUAUAAAAGUUACAGGGAUUGCUUGUCUUCUAACUUAUCAAGUUGUCUCAUCUCAGUAAAGGCAUAGAAAUACACAGAAUUUGAUCUCACUUAAUUGGUAUGUUUAUAUUGGGGUGGAAAGUCAGUAAAUAUAGAAAUAUCCAUUUACAAAAGCCCUGCACAUACUUUACUGCUAACAGUGUUGAAGUGGACUCCUCGAGGGGUCAAAGAAAGUCUUUGGUACACUAAAUUUUCUAAUGAGCCGCCCUGUGCCUAUUGUAUAGGAAUCCCCCACCGGCACACUAGCUACAAAGUUAAAUAAAAAGUUAUGUCGCUUACACAGUUGUUCCCUGUGAUUCCCUGGUACCUCUAUUUUGUGUUCCCAAUAGAAACUUUAGCAUGAUUCAUUGCAUGCCCUCCAACAACAGUAUUAAUUUUUUUAAUACAGACCUUUGUCGCAAGACUAUAUUGAAAAGGGAUCGAUGUCUUGUCGCGGUUUCAAAAAAAAAAACUCUGGGGACGAGAACGCGUCCGGUGCAAUUCCUGCAUUUAGUUUGAACAGCGGUAUCUGCAGGAAUCGCACCGAGGUUCAGUCGGGUGUACGUGGACAUUGAAGCUCUGUUUAUGGCUUUUCUUCAAUAUGUAAGUGGUAAAAUCUAAGAUCAAUGUGGAUGCAGACAAAAGGUUUCAUCUCAGAAUCACUCAGUGAAGUUAUCCGAUUUGCGACAGUUGAACUUCAACUUCGAUAAGACACUCUUAGCGAGUCAGCCGACUUUAAAAGAAUACUGCACUGUUUGUCUUUGAGAAAUAUUUAAUAUUUUAUUGUAUUUUCCUGUGGACUGUCUUUUUCGUGUAAAAACCAUUACUCUUGAAACGGCUAACGUAACGAAUUGUCACGUCAUCGUCACUGAAAUACUAUUUUUAUCUUCCAAUCACAGGUCGGUGCAAUUCCUGUAUUUAGCUGCUAGUCAUUUUCCAGACUUAAAUAAUCCUCCUUCUAUGUUUUGGAAAAUACUAGUCAUAACAACAUGGAGGAACAAGUAUCUGAGGCAAAAGAGAUGUUGUCAUCCAAAGACUCACAGCAAAAAGAAGAAGCAGUGAAAAUUUUAAUUGCAAUCUCAAGGCAGGGAAGGAACAAGGAGGCUACAGAUCUUUUAGCUAAAUGCCUGGAAGAGAGACAGGGAAUCACACCAGAGACUGAAGAUGAUGUCAAGUGGUGUGUGAAGAUUGCAGAAGAGGAAAAAAGACUUAGAUAUGCGGUUGAACAGCUUUAUAAUUCUGUGAAGAAAGAUGGCGAAGACAAAGUGGCUAUACAGGAUAUUGAUGAGGCUAUGAAAAGGGCAAAGGAAAAACAGAAGGUUGGUUACAAUUAAAUGGCAUCACCAUGAAUGAAACUAUUGCUAUUAGUGAAAUGUCUGGUCAAAUCAUGCCCGUGCACUGCCACUUGACCAUGGCUAGGGCACUAAAAGGAAAUGAUAUCCCAAUUUUUGGUAGCCUCCCAUGCAGAAGUUCUUGGGGGGUUUGUCAUGCGUUCCUGGGAACGCGUGACAAACCCCUAAGAACAAUUGCAUGGGAGGCUAACUUUUUGGAACAUAUGCAGGGCUGUCAACCUCUCACAUCAUAAUGCAUGGCAGGUGAGGUCAUUUGUGAAAAAAAAAGUGUGAAAAACAUGUUGUUGGAAUUGUAACAUUUGACCUAAUUGGUUUACUUCCCACCAAUCACAUUAUUGCUUAUAUUACAAUGGCAUACCUGAGUUUGUGAGGAAACCUUCCAUGUUGACAGUAAGACAGCUGAAACAACGCAAAAUAUUUGAAAUUUCGUUGUCAGAAAGUCGAAUAUACAAGAAAUGGCAAACUUUGGCGAUUACAUGGGAGAUUUCAGACUCUAAUCUGGAAACCGGGAGAAACGGUUCAAAAUCUGGAGUCUCCCAGAUUAUCCGGGAGAGUUGAAAGCCCUGUGUUUGAGGAUCAUUAGUUAGUAUAUAGUAUCCUGCCACUUGCAUUCAGUUUGGCGUGUCAGGAGGAAUUGGUGGGCACCUGUACCCACUGUUCAGUCGGGAUUUUAAAACCUUAAUUAAUACCCAUGCACAUAACAGCUCACCGUAAAAACUCCUUGCUACAGGUCCAUGAGCAACAGCUUGAUAAAUUUGUCAAUAUACAUGGUGGUGAAAAUAAUUAAAAUUAAAUGAAAGGAGAUAGAUCUGACUAAGGAGAUACAUGUAGAGACAACUUUUGCAGUUGCGAAAAAAAAAAAUUUAAUACUCUUUGAGAAAUUUUAAAUUUUGUACCCUUUUAAUAGACCCUAGCUCCUAAGACAAUGACCCUAAAUAAUGCAUGUUUAGCAUCCAGGGCGAGGUUGUUCAAAGCUGGGUUAAAAGAUAAACCAGGGUUAGUGUGAAAUUUUUUUCCAGAUAUGAAAGCUUUAAAGACAAAUUCAGUUUAAUUCUUUUUGUCUUCAAAUUGAUGAUUGGCUACUCUAGAAAAAUAGAGAAAAUUAUGUGAGAAAAUACUUUCGGGAAAAAGGAAAAGAAACUCAGAUAAUUUAAAUUGAACCCCAAGUUUGUGCUAAUCAGCCUUUAAAUGACUAGGUCCAGUAUGAUUAUUGUUUAUUUAAUGAAAGGAAACAGACACCCAAGAAGCAAAUAACAGUCCUGAAAAGGAGAAUAAAGAAGUGAGUGAGGACUGAUGAGCUUGCUGAUCAAUGCUUUGACUGUUGGCGAAAAAGAUGAGUUCACUCUGGCUGAACUAAAGGACACAGUGAUGGCAUAUGCCAGAGGGGAAGUCCCUGAAGUAGUAACAUUGCUGAGUAAGGAAGACAUGGAUAAAUUCAAUAAGGCCUCCGUACUGGAAAAGGUACUGCACUGUGUACUAAGUUAAAACUGUCUACUAAGUUGAAAAAAGAAAAAGGUUGCAGUAUUCAAUUUGUUCACUCUUUUUAAGCUAUAAAACUGGGUUACAAUUUUAAAACUAGGCUCAGGUAUAAAAUUUGCAUAUUUCUUUUGGUGCUCCCUAAAAUAAAAACCCCAUUUAUUUAGGCCUCUUUCCACCCCCCUCCUUCCCAAUCUCAAGAUGCUACUGGGUCCUUCCCUUACAAGGCCCCAUCAAGAAGAAUUUUGUCUACCAUCUGGAUUUGAUCUGCGGCUCUGUUUUGGUUCCUUUCAAACCUGCAUUAUAAUUUUGCAUGUACUUUUUUCGCAAAAGAAAGAUGACCAUCACAGUAUCUACAGUGUAUGAACUUUUCUUAAAUAACAAUAAAUUAUUUGUUAAGAAAAAAAGGAAAAAAUUCAUUAUGAAAGUUAAUAUUUGAUGAAAUUUCUAGAGAGCUGGCACAACAGCUUUAUUUGUAUUAUUUGAAGAAAAGAUUUGCAGCAAAGCCAGUUGGUACAGCAAUCAUGCCAAUAGCUACUCCCAAGUAAUCAUCCAAUUAAAGGGAAUCAUAUAACAGGCAAAUUAAAAAUGAGUAAUUAGCACAUUGGAACCAUGGUGUGGUCAACCUGACAGUUUGGGUAGAUAAAUAAGGGAUUUUAUAUCACCUCACUUGACAUGUUAUCAAGAGUUGGCUGUGCUGAUGACAGUAAAAUUAAAUGAAUAAAAAACAUACACUGAUUUAUGUCAUCAACUAGGGAGGUGCUGACAUUUGAUGUCAAGAAGAAAUGUUGUUGAUGUUGUGGUUCAAUUUUUUAAUCCGUGGUUUAAUUUUUGUUGAUCAAAUCAUUACCAUACAUUACCACACCCAAAAAAUAAAAUAAAAUAAAUUUAAACUAAGGAUAAAAUUGAACCACAAAAUCUACCUGACAGUGUUUAUUUGAGCUUGGACUUUGACUUUAGGGGAUUGAUGAAGUGAAACAUUGUUUGCAGAACUGCCCGCAUAUGAGCUAUCAAUACCUCUCUAAAAUGUCCUGACAUGCACUAUAUGAAUUUUGAUUUGUUGCCAAACUUGAUUUAGAUGUUUUCUUUUGUAUAACCAGGUCAUGAAAUAUCCAGAUCAGUCCCUGGAAUCUGCAAAGCACUUCAUCCUUGUAAAGAUUUCUAAGAAAGGAUCCACCUUCUUGAAGUCCUUGAUUCCAACCUCCCAAAUCCAAAUGCUAGUUUUACUGUAUGUUUACAGCCAAGUGACUGCAGUCUUCCUCUGGUUUAUAAUUCCCUUGAUUAUUUUCUACAUCUGCUUUUUGUCACUGGUAGUGUUUUCUCUCCAAAUGUUUUAUGGAAGGGAAGCCUUGAGACAACUGAGAAGUGUGUCAGAGCUAAUGAAAAAGUAUGUAAUCUGUUUAUUAAUUUUUGCUUAUGGCAGUAGGCGGGUAUACUCCUUGAAAAUUUGGGUGGGGUUGUGCAGCAUGUGCUCUGAAACUCUAACCCUAGUCAAAUUAAAAUCUUUGAUUUUGCCUGCAGAAUUGUGGACCUCAGAACAGCUCUCUUUAGUAGGUUAAUUGAAAAAAAGACAAAUUUAAUCCUAGACCUUACCCUACUUGAUUUAAAAUUUUAGACCAAAAGGGGCUCAAAAACUGUACCCUAUGGGGCUGCAUAUUCCUAUAAAGCUUAAGGGAGUACCCCCCCCUCCCGCCUCUCUGAGAUAGUAAUGCAUAAUGUUUUAGGCCACCCAAGGCUUAAGCCCAGCUAUAUAGUCAGUAACAGAAUGGUUUUGGUAGCCAUGGAAGUCAAUAGCUAUUUUGGGAUGAAGUAUAAAAAAUAAAUAAAUAAAAAUUAAUAUAAAAAUUAACUAUUCCCUUGUUUCAGCUGGAAUAGAAAAUUGUGAACAGCCAGUUACCCCAAGGAUUGGGGGAGGGGGCGGGGUGUAUCUGGUGAUAGAAGUGUUUGUGCAAGGGAAACCCAAAAAUAUAAGGCCCAACUAAGGCCACUACCAAAUUAAUUUCCCUCUGCAGCUAAGGCUGACCCUGUCUUAUGUAAGAUGCGGGGGGAAGUGUUGCUGGGGUGAACUCUAGAACUGGGUAUUCUUACUUCGCCCCUCCCAAAAUAGUUUCCCUCUGCAGCUCAGGUUGACCCCGUCUGAUUUAAGAUGUGGGGGGAAGUGUUGCUGGGGUGAAAAGGUAGAUUCAUGGGAACUCUAGAACUGGGUAUCCUUACUUUGCCCCUCCCAAAGUAGGUUCCCUCUGCAGCUAAGGCUGACCCUGUCUGCUGUGGUUAGGAUGGGGAAGUGCAAAUAGGGUAGGAAGGGUGUUUGCAUAGGCUCUUUAAAACCUGGUCUCUUUUUACACCCCUCAAAAAGUAGCUUCCCUCUGCAGCUAAGGCUGGUCUUGUCUUCUGUAAGAAGCGGGGAUGUGCAAUUGGGGUAAAACGGGGUUUGCAGAAGCACUUUAAAAUAUGGUCCCCUUGUUCUGCCUCUCCCAAAGUUCAGCGUCCUCCUUUCAGCUAGAGCAUAGCCUUUUUUAGUGUAUUUGUAAGGAACAAACAAAAACUAUUGCGUGACUUUAAAAUGCUGUGUAAAAUUGUUAUAUCUUACUAGGUUUGACCCUCGACUGAACAGCAGUGAAGCCGAGAAUAAGUUCAUGUGGAACUCUGUGACUCCAUACAUUUCCUUCUUCACUGUUUUGUUGGUAACUGUGGCUGUGUUUCCACUUUGUGACAAACUCUGGAUACCGUGUUCUGAACUGAGUUUGGUAGCUUUGUUCUUUACAGGUAAAUGCUUGCCAUCUCUCAUGAUAGUUUGUGUUGUAGAUGUUUCUCAGGUACGCACAGGUAGCUACCCGCCUGCUUAGGCAAGGGGGAUACUCCCUAUAAUGGUCAGUAAGAGGAGGCUCUGUCAGAUAGGGAUACCUUUCUCGGGCUUUAGGUACAUUUUUGUAUAUGAAAGAGUAGGGAUUUCACUUGCUGAAGUAUUUCAAAAGGUUGGGAAAUCUGUCAUUUUGAGCUAUAAAAAAACCGAAAAGGGCUACAGCGUUCAAACUUAUAAGGUAUGCAAAAGGGAUACUAUUUGUCAAUAAAAGGUAUACGAAAGGGGUACCUUUUCUGUUAAAAAUGGUAUACUAAACGGAGAGGCGUGGACCUCCGGGCAAAGCCUCCCCGUAUAAAACUUUGUUGAGUGCUUACCCCACAUGCUUGGCCCACAUGUGAAUGUAAUGUUCAGAAUUUCUAUUGCGGCAGGGUUAGCUCAGCUGUAGCUGGGUACUGGCCCUUACUUCUCCCCAGUCUUUUCAUCCUUGUCUCUUUUUUUAAUACAAAUGAGGGAAGUGCGUAUGAGCUGCACGCGGAGGAGAUGGAAGAAAGAAAUACGGGAGAAGGGUAGUCUUUCCUUUCUCUUCUCCUUUCCGUCUUCUCCUUUGUCGAGGUGAUCUGCAAGUCUCCCAUGACCGCAUGCAAACGAUACUGAAGAGAUGACUUAGGAUGAAUCAGGUGCUGGUCUGUGGAGCGUCAAGUCGCAAGUUUGAUACCAAGCAACGGACCAAUAGUUAGGGUCAUUAAACUAGCAGUAAUUAGGGAUUAGUAAGUGACGUCGAAUGUUGUAGGUAGAAUAACGCACUUUCUGUACGCGUCAGAAUAGUAAACAAGUUCUUGAUCAAGCUUCGUUCUAUUAGACCUACGAAAUCUUAAAAACAGAUUGCAUUUACUUCCAAAAAUUAUUGAGUUUAAACUUACCGAGUAAAGGCAGAACCUGACGAGGAGCUAACGAAGAAAAUGAACAGUGCAGACAAAGAAAACAAGCAAAGCUGCACGUGGAAGAAAAGACAUGCGCGCGCUCCUUGCCCAUUGAGUCUAUGACGUAUUUCCGGUACCAGAACGAACCAAAGAGUCGAGAUUCUUUCUGCUAAAUGCUUGUGCCCAGGCUUCUCGCGUUCAGUUUAUGUUGCGUUCUUCCUGGCGUCGAACGCAAUAACUGAGGAAGAAGGAAUUGUCUUUGCUUUGGUUUUACUACCACUUAGAAUUUGUGGUCCAGUCUCCAUCGGGGAACCUAAAAACAGUCCUUUGUGCUAUGUAACUUGUUGAAUCCAUGCUUGGAGAGCGCUUUUCCUUAGCUUAUGCAGUUAUAGACCACUCCAUCUAAUGAUUCCAUAUGGUUACUAGUUUCUUCUUUAGAGGACUGCCGGAUAAAUACGAUGACUUUGCACUGUACACAAUUCUCCUCAAGUUGCUAGCCACCGGACUGUGUAGUUUGGGUAAUGUGCGAGGACUGGCCUUCCUGUGCUACCCAAUUUUUGUUGGUAAGGUAAAGUCAUAUCUCUGCAAAAUUUUAUUGUUUUUCAAUUCUUUUAUUUUAUGGAAACACGAAAAGCGUUAAUCCUAUAUUUAAUGCGAAAACUCUUCGUUACGUGAAUUGCAGAGUUCAUCCCUCUGUGUCUGAAUCUUAAUAAAGCAGACACCAAGACCAAACAUUUGGGCCAUGUGCGGAUUGGAAAAAAAUGAAUUAUGAAGUUCUGGUUAGAAAGAAAAAGGGGCGAGAAUGGGGGAUGUGGCGAGCCUCCUUUCCAUACCCUAAUUAAAAAGCUUAGUUCCGUCAAUUCAUUUGAUAAAGUUAAGGGGUUCAAGUGCGAAAGUUAGCCUCCACCAGAGCCAAUUCACGAAUUCCUGUCCUCGGACAGUCAAUUGUUUGUAAUUGUAAUUGUAAUUUUUCUACCAUUGAAGCCCACCUAGAAGUUCCUAACAACUCGUUUAAACGUGUCCGCUCGUUCCAAAUCAAAUUGGUAUAAGUGUAUUGGAAGUGUUAUAUUUGGAAAUGUAUUUGAGGAGAGGAGAAAACCGGAGUUUCUAGUCAAAAACCCCCCGGAGCAAAGAAGAGAACCAAAAACAAACUUAACCCACAUAUGGCGGCGACGCCAGGAUUUGAACCGAGGCCAGAUUGGUGGGAGGCAAGUGUCCUCAAGUGCUCCCAAAGCUACCUUUAUUACUUGCAUGUACUUUGUAAUCUUCUUUUUUCGUUCUCCGCAGUGCCCCUUCACUAUGGAUUGGAAUUUGACAUCAGUCUUCCAUCCAUUCUCCAAGUGGUAUUUUUUGUCCUGCUUCUCAUUAUGGCGGGCCGUCACUCUUGGCGUGGAAUGUAUAAAGUACUUAUUCCUUAUUUGGUAUGCCUGCUAUGGUGGCAGCUUUUUACCGAAUUGUUUCACUUCACGACCUGGAGCAGCUUGCUCCGCGCCACCCUUGGGUGGGCAAUUUUUGUGACCACGCUACCUUUACUGAUUCUGUUCACUGUUGGCCUGGCUGUGACGUAUUUCGUGCAGUGGUUUAUGACGCUUGAUUUGGCAUUCAAGCUUGCGGUCACAGCUGUAGUUGUAGCGUUUUCAUCGGCUGUGUUUUACUACUCCAAGCUAGAGAUUCCUCAUGGAGAGAAACUCGAGCCCAAGAAAAAACUAAUCAUGAUCUUGGGUUCGGUGGUUGCUAGCCUUUUGCUUCCCGUUGUUUACAUCAAUUUUGUCCCUUCGAUAUAUGGCUCACCCAAAGCCCUGUUAUGGAAGGAGUACUACAAUUCCUGUGUCAGCAUGACUAAGGGGAUUGAAGUCAAUAUCGCAGCAGUGCAGAUAAGAUGCAAUGAAUUUCAAGGCGAGUCUGUCAACUGGACUGGAAUUGUAGCUGAUGUUAAGUUGAGCUCUGUAGAAAAUCGCUUUCGUCCCUUGGUCACUUACCUCCCCCGGUUUUUGCAGCCUUCUCUGAAAUGCCUUCUUGGAGAAGAGGAGAAUAGAGGUGGAGACAGGUAUGAGGGCAAAUUUAAAACUUAUUUGUAUACAGAUUUGGUUCCCGGGGUCUUUCAAAGAAACUUUGCUCUUUCGUUCUCUUUUAAGAGCUGUUCUAGAGUAAGCAGUGAAUUAGUAGUAUGCCUUCGGUAUUGUGAAUUGCAUAUGGUAAGCAACAGUUGUUUCCUAAUAUUACGAAUUAAAUUAAUAGAUCAACGUACUCGUAUAAGAGAAAAUCGUUACUUUUUUGGUAGUAACCAUCACACCAUUCGCUAGACCUGCGUGAUAAAGGGAAUUCUGCGCUGUUGUGUAUCCAGGAUUGUUCGAUUAUUGGGCGAGUUUAAACUCAGUUGAUCAGGUCAUACGAUAACUUCUGAAUCUUAUAAUAACAAAAAUAUUUAUUCAAGUUCUUCAACAGAAACACAUGAUAUAGAAAAACAAGAAAGAAAAAAUAAUGGCCUUAACGUAUUGUUGUCGAGGUUGGCAACUGAAGAUAGAGCAACGAUGGCAGUUCCCUCUCGUUCGUAAAAAUCUAGUUCAGGAGAACAGGAGAACCAUAAAAAGUGACUUUAUUACCUUCUUUCAGGCUCACGGAAGCACGCUGGUGGUUGCCAAAGGCUAAAGGACCGUGCCAUUUAAGAACGUAUGACAGGUACACUUUUUCUGUUGGGGUAAAGAUGACUACUGAUGCAGCAUCACAGUACGAGGAAGUAGUUAGAGUGACUGUCACACACCGAUUCUACCAUACCAUGGUGACAUUACAAGAGAAUACACAGGUAUGAUAUAAUUAGGGCUUGUCUUAUUUUUUACAUAUUUGCCACAGGUCAGUAAAUGGUCAGGAGAAAAAUUCCAAGGUCAGAGAACAGUCAGGAACUUCACUUCGAUCCAGCGAAAAAUUUAAGUCUUUGAAAGACCUCAGGGAACAGUGAAAUUUUAAGAGUACUUGUGUGUUUUCCCGUCUAUUUUUACGGUGUAAAAUUCUUUGGUAUUGGUAGAUUAUUGUUCGUGAAAUUGAACGACAAGCUGAUGUAUGGAAUUUCAAGAAAAUCAAUCCUUUUUGCACGUUAUGGUUUUAGGACUAUCAAUUCAUGUACACUGCAAGUGACUUGCUGAAAUCAAGUCGGUAAACUUAUCAAGUCGGUAGACUUGAUCUUUUUGAAGGGUCAUGUAAGGCGUUUUCAUGUGAUGCCACAGCAGCCAUGGUGUUCCAAAAGAUUGAAAAGGAGGCCAUGUUGGUGUCCAAAACGAAUCCUGAGGAGGCUUUUUUUUGUUAACGCUUUCUUUUGUUCCAGUUAAUUUGCAUAGAUGCUGGUCAUGUGGGUGAAAAUGCUCUAACUCACCCCAUAUUUCCAAAAAGUGUUACACAGGCAUUUUAAGAAAGGAAAUUGCUUUUUAAGAGCCUUAUCGAAAAGAAAGGACCCAUGGCCCUCAAUGUUAUCGGAUGGAACGUUGGGGUGCUCUGCCUCUAAGCUAUAGUUGACUGACCGAUGGUGAAAGAGGGUAAAAUUCGAUAUUGUAUUGACAAUAUUUCACAUAGAGUGACCCUCAACCCAUUAAACAACGCCCCCAAGCGAAGAGGUACCUUAUACAAGACACUCAAAUUUUAUUUUGAUAGUCGGUUUGAAUUCACUGUAAUGAAAUCCCGUUUUGUUGAAUGAUUCAGUGUCUCUUCUAUGUAGUAGGUUCGUUUCUGAUUCUCCAUUACUAACCAACGUUACUUUCUAUAUCACAGAUCACGUUCCAAGGCCGCUUGGCGAGUGGACCGCCUUACGUGACCGUCACGGCCAAGAGGCUCUUUAUCAACGGCACCAAGGUUAAACCACGUAUUGGGCUUGGGCGUGACGACAUAUUUGAAGGAUUGCGUGACUCUGGUCGAUUCAUAACCCGGUUUUUUAUGACGCCCUUGAUUAACGAAAGAGACUAUGAUGAAGAUGAUGUGUGAAUUAUGACAGAGCGGGGCUUUCAUACAGUACUUACAGGCUUCUCUUGGAAAAGCAAAGGGGCAGUUGGUGUGGAAUUGUGUAUUGUAAAGAACGAUCAUUUUCUAGUAAUAAAGAGAAUGGGAUUAGUGUUUGGGAUAUAAUUUAUGGCACGUAAUGAAUAUUUAAGUGAUGUUUUCAAUAUGGAAAACGGCUACAUCAAAAAAGCAAACAAGCUAGUCUAAGAUGUUUUAUGUUUGUAAAACAUGGAGAUUUAGAGCAGCAACAGCUUUGUCCAAUAUGAGGAAAUCCGUGAAUAUUUGAAAAAUUAUAGUUUACUUGCUCGUGUUCACUACAAAGCGGACUUCAUGUUGAAGACGUGUUUCUGUUUUAGAAACCGCUAGAAACUAUUGUGAACAACAUAGACAUGAAUAGAAAUUAAGCCAGAAGGCCUAAUCGUGAGUUGAGGGGCCUUUUACACCGCUGAUAAAUAUGGAUAUGGAGCAUUGUUGAGGCGAUAAGUUGUAUGCACGAUCAGCUUUUUAAGUUUGACAGAAACUAUCCGGCACAGAGACCAACGGCAAUAAAGUGAGUCA